AUGAUUGAGCGCGUUCGACGUGUAGCCGUAAUCGGGGCCGGGGUUUCUGGAGUGACAACGGCGGCUCAUCUCAAAGCCGAAGGGCUCAAUGUCACGGUUUUCGAAAGGGCUCCUGUGGCUGGAGGGGUCUGGAUCUUGGAUUCUCGAAUGCCCCAUGAACCAACGUUCCCAUCAGUCAAACCAUCACUAGCGGAUUCCGUCUUUUACAACAGUGUAGAAAACGCGGAUCCUUAUCUUUUGCACGCGCCUCCAGGACCUGCCUAUGAGACGUUGACAAACAACGUUGCGACCCAGUUUCUAGAGUUGAGCAUCAACAGCUGGCCAGCUGACACUCCAGCUUUUGUCAGGCACAAUGUCCUGGCUAGUUACAUCCAAGAUACGGCAGUAAAGACCGGUGUUCAUGAAGACACACUGUACAAUACUGCAGUGAGAAACGUAUCGAAAGCAGGCGAUACUUGGAGGCUUGAAACUGCCACGUGGGAUAAGACCACUGGCAAGGCGACAGAGAACGUUUGGGAUCUCGAUUUCGUUGUCGUUGCUUCUGGACACUAUCAUGCCCCGAGGGUUCCAGCCAUCCCUGGUUUGGCAGAAUGGAAAAAAGCGUGGCCAUCAAGGAUCCAGCAUUCCAAGAGUUAUCGCAACCCCAAAGGAUUUGAGAACCAGACCAUUCUUCUGAUUGGCGGGAGCGCCUCUUCGAUCGAUAUUGCCAAAGAAGUUGGACCUGUGGCCAAGAAAGUUUACCAGUCAACCAGGGGUGGUUUCAUGGACACACCAGAGUCCUGGCUACCCCCUAAUGGUGUGCGAGUGCCUGGAAUCGCCUCGUUUGGUGAGCUUAAAAACGGUACCUCGGAGAGCACUGGAGCAAUUGACGGCAAAGUCACCCUGGUCGAUGGCCAGGUGCUUGAAGGCAUCGACCGCGUGAUUGUCGCUACGGGCUAUCACUUUACCCUGCCAUUCUUCCCGCCAAAAUUUCAUCGUGACGACGUGCCACGAGAAGAGGCAGAUGGCAAGAUUCUGGUAACUGACGGCACCAUGCUACAUAAUCUCCACAAGGACAUCUUUUAUAUCCCAGAUCCAACCCUGGCGUUUACAGGUGUUCCUUUUUAUACCGCAACAUUCUCCCUUUUCGAGUUUCAAGCUAUUAUCAUUGCCGCGGUAUUCUCUGGCCAAGCUAGAACGCCAGCCAAGGAUGAGAUGAUAGCGGAGUACCAGGAAAGGAUUAAAGAGAAAGGGUACGGAAAACCAUUCCACACUUUGGUUGGGCAGGAUAUACAGUACGCCAAAGAGCUCAUGGAAUGGGUGAAUUUGGGUCGUGAUCCGUCGACAAAGAAGGCUGAUGGCUAUUCAGCAGAAUGGAUAGCUGCUCGUGAUGAGUUUAUGAUGACCUAUUGGGAACGUGGGAGUAAGGAGAAUAGUUCAACUGCGAAAGAAGUGUCUUUGAAAUAA